CCGAACUCGGCAUCCACGGCGAAUUUUUAAAAUACCGCGUGAAACUCAUGCGAGGUACAACAUGCCAAAGCGACCAACUUAUUCUAGUAGGAGUUGAAGCCAAUGAACUUUGAGCUACCUUCCCCACUCGUGUUGAGGCAUCCCUAUUCGCCUCGCUGAGCUAUGUUUCGGAAUGCUGCAUCCCUCCACCGGGUUUGUUUAUACUGCUAUUCGGAAUCCGUUUUCUCGGUAUCUUCAUCCUGCCCCAAUUUCGGAAUUUCGUUCUUCGACAUAUGCGGUGCGUCAUUGCUUCAAUUCUACGAAGGUCUUUGAGUAUAAGUACACUAUUACCGCCCUACAUCCCGCCUUUUCACCCGGACAGCAUCAACACCUUCCAGCAGCUUCAGCUUCCACAUACAAAGUGUAUCUUAAAAGCCCAAUCUUCCUAAAUCGCCUCCAGCCACUCCAAAAAUUCAUCCAAAAGUCAAGCCCACGAUAUCAUCAUGGACUCCGUUGCAGAAGUACAGCCUUUCGAUUUCAUUAUCGUCGGUGGCGGAACCGCAGGAAAUUCUGUAGCCGGUCGUCUGGCUGAGAACCCGAAAGUGCGAGUCUUGGUCAUCGAAGCCGGUAUUGGCAACCCACAGGAGAUUGAAAACAUUACAACUCCAGCAAAAGCCUUUGACCUCCGUGGGAGUCAAUAUGACUGGGCUUACAAGACGACGAUGAUCAAACGUGAGGACUACGAGCGUGUUGAGAAACCGAACACCCGUGGCAAGGUUUUGGGUGGAAGUAGCUGUGCUAAUUAUUUCACUUGGAUCCCGGGGAGUAAGGCUACGUUUGAUGAUUGGGAGGAGUUUGGCGGGAAGGAUUGGACUUGGGAUAAUAUUGUCGGAUACUUGAGAAAGUGCGCGACCUACCAUGAUGACCAGAAGCUCUACCCGAAAGAGCUUUCUAAAGUCGGCACAGGAGGGCCUCUCCAAAUCUCGCAUGCCGACCUUAUCCCGGAGAUAGAGCCAUUUCGUGAUGCACUUACGAAUGCCUGGACCAGCAAGGGACAUGAGCUCAACGAAGAUAUUUACUCCGGCACUAUGCAUGGUCUCACACACUGCUUGGACACUGUCUACAAGGGAACUCGCCAAGGAAGCUUCUUGUAUCUGAACGGAAAACCCAACGUCACUGUUCUCUCGUCCGUCCAAUCCAAAAAACUCAUUAUCGAUCCCACCACGAAGGCAUGCACGGGUGUCGAAGCAAUUAACCCCGCGACUGGAGAGGAGCUUACCCUGACCGCCAAGUACGAAGUCAUCGUCUCUCAAGGUGUUUUCGAGUCCCCCAAGCUCCUCAUGCUCUCUGGUGUUGGUCCGGCAUCAGAACUCAAGCAGCACGGUAUCCCCGUCAUUGUGGACAGCAGGCACGUUGGUCAAAACCUUCUCGAUCAUCCAAUCGUUCCAUUCGUCCUACGUCUCAAGGAUGGUUACGGCCUGGAUGACCACUUGCUUCGCCCAGGCCAAGCACACGACGGAGCCGUCAGCGCUUACUGUCGUGACAAGUCCGGCCCUUUGAGUAGCGGUCUUCUGGAGAUGGUCGGCUUCCCUCGCAUUGAUGAACGACUGAACAAGUACGCAGCCUACCGCGAUAUCAAGGCUGCCAACGGAGGACUCGAUCCCUUCGGUCCUGGCGGACAGCCACAUUUUGAGCUGGAUUUUGUACCAAUGUUCUCCUCUGCGUUCCAGUGGCAUUAUCCUAUCCCACCUUCUGGCAGUGCUUUCACUAUCAUUGUGGAUCUCCUUCGGCCACUCUCAAAGGGGGAGGUCAAGCUGAAUUCUGCGAAUCCUUUGCAGCAGGCUAACAUCAAUCUUAACUUCUUUGGUGAAGAUCUUGAUAUCCUCGCUAUGCGCGAAGGUGUUCGUUGGACAUACGACGUUCUUACAAAGGGCGAAGGUAUGAAGGACAUUGUUACUGGGGAUUAUCCUUGGGAGAUGCCCAUUCAUUCUGACGAGGCGAUGAAUAAGGUGGUUUUGGAGAGAUCUCAGACUGGGUUCCAUCCUUGUGGUACUACUCGUCUUUCUAAGAACAUAGAGCAAGGAGUUGUCGAUCCUCAGCUCCGUGUCCACGGCGUCAAAAAUCUCCGCGUCAUUGAUGCAUCGGUCAUCCCAGUCAUUCCUGAUUGCCGCCCUCAAAACUCUGUUUAUAUGAUUGCAGAGAAGGCCGCGGAUAUGAUCAAAGCCCAAUACUCGAGUCUGUACUCGUAAGCGGAAGACAGGCCCAAAUGAUUCCCUUGGGCAGCUUGGGUUUUGGCUGUCAAUACUUUGAAUUUAAUUUUCAUUUAUAAGUCUUUGAUGCGUACAGUCUUAUUGUUCUUGAAUGUCGGAGGGGGAUCAUAACGAGCUUCCUGUGUUCGUGACUUAGCCCUUAGGCACUUUCUCCUCUCCAUACCUUCUCUCUAUUUCCAUUCAAAUGAAAUCUUAAUCGCAAUAAAUUUGUGCUGCC